AUGCCGCGUCCAGUCAAAACAAGCACGACAAGACUCCCCCGGGAGCUAGUACAAGAACUCGCCCUUGACAAUCCCACCUCCUCACGGCGCAAGGGCGGCAAGAACAAGCGCCUCCCAGACCGCAAAGAGCGCCGGAGGCAGGAGCGCGACAUCAAGAAGAAGCAGCGUAUACACUUUGCAAAACACGGGCCGCCCCAACCAAUCCACCAUCAAGCCGGCGCAGACGACGACAACGACGACGAGGAAGAAGCACCGCCGUUAGCGAAGCCGCAGAAGCAAGAGAAGCCCAAGAAGAAGGAGGGGGAGGAGGAGGAGGUGAAACCAAAGUCAAUUCUCAAGAAGACGAAGCGGCCAGAAACACGGGCGGCGGUGGAGGAGAAGGAUGAGACUAGUAGCAGGCCGCACAUAAGGAGGGCGGUGAAGGACAAGCUGGCCGAGGAUGACGCGGAGAUCAGUGCCCUGGAGAAGAAGCUCAAGAUCAAGAGCAAGAAGCUGCCGGCGUCGUUUCAGGAGGAUGGGCUGGACUUCUUAAUGGAAGGGCUAGACGAGGACUUUCUGGCCGAGAGGGAGGGUGGGGCAAAGAGGAGGAAAACAGCGAAGGCGAAGGCGGAGCCGGAGCCAGAGGAUAUGGAUAUCAGUGACGAGGAGAGCAGCGAGGAGGAUGAUGAGGAUAGGCUGGACGAUAUACUCGACGGCAUGGAUCUCGACGGCGACGACGAGGAUCUAAGUGAAGACGAAGACGACAUUCCCGAAGAUGACGAAGGCGACGAAGACGAAGAAGAGUUCACGGGCAUAAAAGACGACGAGCCCACCUCACCAGAAGCAUUCCCAGAAAAACCAACAGACCCACCCACCACCACCCCCUCCACCACCGAAACCCCCAAAUUCGCCGCCAGCACCAGCAAAUACAUCCCCCCCUCUCUCCGCGGCGCCCCAACGACCGACAACGAGCUCCUUCAGCGCCUACAACGCACCUGCAAGGGUCUUAUAAACCGUCUCUCCGAAGCCAACCUCCUCUCCAUCCUCGGCGAGAUCGAGGCCCUGUACCGCAGUAAUCCGCGUGGCCAUGUCACAGCAACGCUCUCCGACCUUUUUAUCACCAUUGUCUGCGACCCGUCGUCGCUCAUGGACACAUUCAUGAUCCUGCACGCCGGGUUAGUCGCCGGUCUGUAUAAGCUCAUCGGCACCGACUUUGGCGCGCACGUUGUGCAGCGGAUCGUUGAGAAUUUCGAUGUGCACUACCAGAAGACAAACGGCAUUGAGAACCCAGCGUCAGGGACCAAGGAGUGUACCAAUUUGAUGAGCUUUCUGGCCGAGCUCUAUAACUUCCAGGUCGUGGGCUGCGGCCUGGUAUUUGACUUUAUCAGGAUAUUUUUGGGAGAGAUUACGGAGCUCAACACAGAAUUACUGUUGAAGAUUGUGCGCAAUUCCGGUACACAGCUACGGCAGGACGACCCCACGGCGCUGAAGGACCUUGUCGUCAUGAUGCAGCCCGCAAUCAACAAAAUCGGCGCAGCCAACAUGAGCGUCCGCACAAAAUUCAUGAUUGAAACGCUCACUAACUUAAAGAACAACCGCCUCAAGUCCGCCACUGCCACCUCCGCCAUAACAUCACAAUCUACCUCGCGCAUGCGCAAACUCCUCGGCUCUCUCAACACCCGACAACUCCGCGCCAGCGAGCCUCUCCGCGCCUCCCUCGACGACAUCCGCAACACCGAAACCAAAGGUAAAUGGUGGCUCGUCGGCGCCUCCUGGGUCGGCAACCAAGCCUCUGCCGAGCCUGCAUCCGCCGAAACCACCACCACCACCUCCUCAAAGCCCACAAAAAAGGCCAAAAAGUCCGAAAGCGACUUCGGCACCAUCACCGACCUCGUCGAGCUCGCCCGCCAACAGCGCAUGAACACCGACGUCCGGCGCUCCAUCUUCGUGACCAUCAUGUCUGCGGAAGACUACACCGACGCGCACAACCGCCUCCUCAAGCUACGGCUUAAGCGCAAGCAGGAGCCCGAGAUCCCGCGCGUGCUUGUGCACUGCUGCGGCAGCGAGGCCUCCUACAACCCCUACUACACGCUCAUCGCGCGGAAGCUCUGCGGCCAGCGCGCGCUCAAGAUGACGUUCACGUUCUGCCUCUGGGACAUCUUCCGGCGCAUGGGCGAGGACGACGGCGGGCGGGCGGCGGCGGGCGAUGCGUUCGAUGACGACGAUGAGGAAGACGAGGCGCUCAAGAUGCGCAAGACGGUGAAUUGGGCGCGCAUGUAUGGCAGUCUGAUUGCGGAGGGUGCGCUGGGGCUGGAUGUGCUCAAGACGCUUAACAUGGCGUAUUUGCAGAGCCGGACAAAGAUGUUUCUGGAGCUACUGUUUAUCAAUGUUGUGCUGCACUCGCAGCGAAACGCGGCGGAGCAGGGCGGCAGGGACGAGAAGGCCGUGGUGGAUGUGUUUAUGCGGAUUGCGGAGAACGUGGACCUGGCGAGGAGCGUGCUGUACUUUCUGCGCAAGUAUGUCAAGGGCACGGAUGUGGCGGGGGAGGAGGCGGAGACGGCGACGGUGCGCUGGGGCGUGGGUGUGGCGUGUGCGGGACUGAAGGCGAUUGUUGCGAGAGACACCGUGGGGAAAUAG